UUUUGAACUUUAGACCUUGCGGUUUGCAGCCCAGCACAUAACCACUACAUCGGCAGGGCUUCCAGAUACAUUCAGUCAGCUACCGAAACCCCUCUGGAGAGCAGUUGUACUCUUAACGCACAUGGAGGUCUCCACAAAGUUAUGUGUACAUGGUUACUUUUUUAAAAGUUAGGGAUGUUAUUUUAACCUGGUGUGCUACUGGGUAAGCUUUGGGCUGAUCUUUGCAAGGUUGUAAGUUCAAACCCACCAGUGCGCUGUGGGGCAAAGAUGAGGCUGUCUGAGUCAAAAAACCAAAGCUGUGGGGUCAUUGUGAGUCAAUUCAGUGGCAGUGGGUUUAGGGGUAUUGGUAAUAAGUCUAAGUGCAUUUUGCUAUCCUGAAUUUUUCUUCUCUCUUUUUUUUUUUUAUCCUGAAUUUUUUUUAACUGCUUUUCGAUGCAGCCCAUGGACAAUUCACAAGUCUGGUGUUGUCCUUGUUAUUCCCUUAAAAAGGAUUCUUUCAUUCUUUGUUUUUCAUUUGCCCCAUUGUUUAGAAUUGUGGCUGACAAGUUUAAAAUCCUUAUAUUCCUUAGUAGUUAGAACUUAAAGUAGAAGAUAAAUGACUAAUUUAUUAUUCCCCAGUUUCUUGUUACUUGUUCAUUACCUGUUCAUUGUUCAGAUAUCUAAACCCUUAAAUGAUUAUUUUCUUGUACUGAGAAUUUUCUUACUCAACAACUCAAGUGCUAUUGAGCCCCAGAUGAGGCUUUGGGGAUGAGGAGGUAUAAUGAUCAGGUAAAUGUGGGUGAUUGCAUGGGUUUUAAUCUUUGGCUAUUUAAUCAUUUACUUCUGUGCUAGUUUUGCUUAUUAAAAACAUGGCAAUUAAGGUCUUAAAAGUAUAUUUCUAUCCUCCUAGGUGUUGGUCUAGAUUUGUUUCUCUGGUCUGGAGCCUCUUAGAAUGUCAUGAUUGUUUUAGCAAUACUUUUGCCCUUGUACUUUCUGUUUAUAGAAAAAUACAUGGCUUGUCUAGCAGAGAUGGCAUUAAUGUUACAAUAACUGCAUUGGCUCCUUUAAGAACAGUAACAAUAAAAGUCUUCUCUCUUUAGUUAAACGGACCAUUAUCUCAAUAGUGUGAGUAAACGCUCCAUAAUUCUCCUUAGCCCAUCCUUUCUAAGUCCUGAUGGCAGCAGGAGGGGAGUAGUAGGAUCACGUACUAGCUUUCUUGCCUGUGUUGCCUUCGUUCGUGUGGAAGGUGCAAGAGCUGCUGUGGCUUGUGCACUUGUCUUAGUCGCUGCUUUAAAUAGUCUGUUUUGAUAGUGGUUUUUAUGUUUUUGAGGAAUAUGUGAUCAAGUGAUCUGUCACUCAUAAGUUUUAUAGUUGUGUUUUUUGCCCUUUGGAUCUAUAUUAAAUUUAGAUGUUUUUGUUAGUUUUGUUUCUGUUAAUCUUCACACCAGGUCUUUUCUGUGCAUUAGGUGACUCUUCACCACACUGAAACCAUUAGGAAAAAUCCUUGUGGUUAACAGCAGAGGCUUCAGAGUACACGCUGUACUGGAGCCUAGAAAUUAUUUUAAAUGGCGACUGAUACGUCUCAAGGUGAACUCGUCCAUCCUAAGGCACUCCCACUUAUAGUAGGAGCUCAGCUGAUCCACGCGGACAAGUUAGGUGAGAAGGUAGAAGAUAGCACCAUGCCGAUUCGACGAGCUGUGAAUUCUACCCGGGAAACUCCACCAAAAAGCAAGCUUGCUGGUGGGGAGGAAGAAAAGCCAGAGCCAGACGUAAGUUCUGAGGAAUCUGCCUCAACUGUAGAAGAACAAGAAAAUGAAACUCCACCUGCGACAUCUAGUGAGACGGAACAGCCCAAAGAUCAGUCUAAAGAAAAGGAGAAGAAAGUGAAAAAAACAAUACCUUCCUGGGCUACCCUUUCUGCCAGCCAGCUCGCCAGAGCCCAGAAACAAACCCCAAUGGCUUCUUCUCCACGGCCCAAGAUGGAUGCCAUCCUAACUGAGGCCAUCAAGGCAUGCUUCCAGAAGAGUGGUGCAUCAGUGGUUGCUAUUCGAAAAUAUAUCAUUCAUAAGUACCCUUCACUGGAGCUGGAGAGAAGGGGCUAUCUCCUUAAACAAGCACUGAAGAGAGAAUUAAAUAGAGGAGUUAUCAAGCAGGUAAAAGGAAAAGGUGCUUCUGGGAGUUUUGUUGUGGUUCAAAAAUCAAGAAAAAUACUUCAGAAAUCCAGAAACAGAAAGAAGACACCUGCAGUGGAUCCAGAGCCACAAGUAAAAUUGGAAGAUAUCCUCCCACUGGCCUUUACUCGCCUUUGUGAACCUAAAGAAGCUUCCUAUAGUCUCAUCAGAAAAUAUGUGUCUCAGUAUUAUCCUAAACUUAGAGUGGACAUCAGGCCUCAGCUGUUGAAGAAUGCUCUACAGAGGGCAGUAGAGAGAGGCCAGUUAGAACAAAUAACUGGCAAAGGUGCUUCAGGGACAUUUCAGCUGAAGAAAUCAGGGGAGAAACCCCUGCUUGGUGGAAGCCUGAUGGAAUAUGCCGUCUUGUCUGCCAUUGCCGCCAUGAAUGAGCCGAAGACCUGCUCCACCACCGCACUGAAGAAGUACGUCUUGGAGAACCACCCAGGGACCAAUUCCAACUAUCAAAUGCAUCUGCUGAAGAAAACUCUGCAGAAAUGUGAAAAGAAUGGCUGGAUGGAACAGAUCUCUGGGAAAGGAUUUAGUGGCACUUUCCAGCUCUGUUUUCCUUAUUAUCCCAGCCCAGGAGUUCUGUUUCCAAAGAAAGAGCCUGAGGAUUCUAAAGAUGAAGAUGAAGAUGAUUCAUCAGAAGAAGAUGAAGACUCUGAGGAUGAAGAACCACCUCCAAAGAGAAGGUUGCAGAAGAAAACCCCAGCCAAGUCCCCGGGGAAGGCAGCAUCCAUGAAGCAAAGAGGCUCCAAGCCCAGGGUUAAAGUCCCUGCUGCCCAGAGGGGGAAAGCAAGGCCCCUGCCCAAGAAAGCCCCUCCUAAAGCCAAAACUCCUGCCAAGAAAGCCAGACCCACACCCUCAGUCAUCAAGAAACCAAGUAGUAGCUCUUCAAAGAAGCCCGUAGCCAGUGUGCGGAAGGAAGUGAAACUGCCCAGCAAGGGCAGCUCCACCAUGAAGAAGCCUUUCAAAGCAAGGAAGUAAAUUUUAUAGGAAAAGAGGGUAUCAUGAUUAAAUUCAGAAUCUUAUUUUCUAAGGUCAGUGUGCAUUUGUUUUUAGUCUUGAGGCUUAUAAGUUUAUUUUCUUCCCCCACAUUGUUGGGAGGGAAUAUAAAUAAAACAAUAUAGACACUUUUUAGCUUUGGGUGCUGUUCUUGGUGCCUACCCAGCCCUGCCCCCUGCAGCCAUUUUAAUUUCUGCUGUCAUUCUGGAUUUCCUAAACCAUCCUGGUCCUUUUUCUGACCCUUCUCUUAGCCCACCCCCAGCCCGUCUUCUGGUUUUGGUCAGCAUUGGCUUUUUACCUCACCCCACCCCCUUUCUUCCAGUUUUAUCUAAACGGUUGCAGAGAUUUUUAUAUUUGUAGAAAGCAUCAAGAACCGGAUGCUGGUCAGGUGCUAGAAGUGAAAAGGGGGCAGUGCAGCUCUGAGUAUAAUCUGAAUGCUUCCUGCCCGGUGACUUCAGUCACAGCUAGAGACCUUGAUCUUAUUUAUAAAACCACUCCACUAACUUCUUCUCUCCAACUGUAAACAGACCACUUUGGGAAUAAGCCUAAAAUGCGCGCUCACAGUCGAUUCUGAAGAUGCAGGCUGCUUGGGGCCAGCUGCUUUUCACACUCACUAGUGUCUAGGUGUUAAUCUCUGGUCCGGGAGCAGACACUCAUUCUCUUAACGUGUACACACUCUCCACUGCUCAGCUUGUGACUGAAGGGGAAGUAGAGAAAUACAGAGAAUUGCAUUUCUGAUGUCACCUGUGUUACCAAAAAUUAAAACAAAAUCAUCUUGAUCAAAUGUUCAAAUAUAUUUUUCAAUAUUUGGAACAUGAAUUGUCACUUCCUGUUUGCCUUUUUUUAUAAGGAAAUGUUGGAGAGUUACAUGAUCGCUAAUGUUAAGUGGAAAAAUAUACAGUUUGCUAAAAUAAACUAGAUUCCAGAUUCAUCUAUGGAAUUAUUUCCCCCACCUUCCUUUCCACAGCAUUUUUUAUAUCAAGCAAGUGGCUUCCUUUUGAGAUAAUAAAAAUAAAAGAGAAAAAAAGGCUAAUGAAGCCCAACUACCUACCCUUUUCUUACUUGUAUUUGUUUUGGUAUUGUGAAGUUGUGUUAAAUAGUACUAGCUUUCCACUAGAGAAAUAAUUUCUGGUUAUAAUUUCUCUUCCCUGUGACACUUGACAAUUUAAUUGUCUUAAGCUUCUUUGGUAUACCAUCUCUUGGCUCCUUGAGUGCUGCCAGAGGCAAAAAAUGUUUGUUUCAUGUUCAUUCCACUUGCAUCAUCUUCUGGGACCCCUUCUACAGCCUAAACUGUGCUGGGAAACGGACUUGAGAGGAUCGGCUUGAACUACAACCACAGUCACAUGUGACCCAUCAUGAGUUCAUUGGGAUUUGCGUUGCAUGUAAGGCAAUCUUUCCUGUUGUAAAUCUUCCUUUUUUAAUGUACAUAUAUUUUGAGAAAAAAAGAAUAAACAUGAAAUUUUAAAAGUUGCUGAACUGUAGCUUAUAUUUAAAAGUUACUACUUUGCCCUCAAAAGUAGCUAAGUGUUGCCCCACUUGAAACUUUUCUUUGCCUCCCAAUAGUUGUCUUGUAUUUUCCUUUUAAAAUAACAAGCUCUGAAUAAAAUAAGCUCUGGUUA